AUGAAAGGAAAUGUGAUUUACAGGGACGAAAAAGGAAGAGUUAUUGACAAGGAGUUAUGGUAUGAGAAAAAAAUCAAUGAAAAGAAGAGUUUAAAGAAAAGCGUUAACAAAAAUAAGUUCAAAAAAGAUCCCGAAUUUAUCAAGUUUAGUAGCGGUAUUGUUCAAUUUGAAGAAGCUAGGAAGAAACAUACAAAUGAGCAGAAAUCUAUACAAGAGGACGAAAUAAUAGAUGGUGGGCGUUAUUAUUUAAGCAAAAGUUAUGACGAAGAAUUAAGAAAAAAAGACAUUUGGGACGACCCGAUUAAACUAAUAAAUGCGCAAAAUGAUGGAAUAAAUAGUACAGUUUUAAGGAGUGAUUUUGUUGACUUGGAAGCUAAAAAGCUUAAGUGCAAAUUUACUUCUCCUCAAAAUCGGUUUUUUAUUGAAAGUGGCUAUAGAUGGGAUGGAGUUAUUAGAGGAAAUGGUUUCGAAGAAAAAUAUCUCAUAAAAAAAAAUGAAAAAAAAGAUAAUAUAUAUCAUAUUGAUUAA